ACUUUUCUUCUUCACCAGACUACCAUUUCGUCCGCUCAUUCCAGAACAUAACAUUUCUUUUAUCUCUCCCUACUUUCCUCCACACAUUCAGCCACAUUGCCCACACCCACGCACUUCUUCACCUUGAUCUUCUUUAUUCUUUUCUUUUUCUCUAGAUUCAACCACAAACAGCUCACUCCCACGCACUUCUUCAUCUUGAUCUUCACAGAUAAUUUCUCUAACUUUCACCAAAAAUCUUCAAUACCUCUCUCAACCCACACCCACGCACUUCUUCACCUUGAUCUUCACAGGUUUUCCAUAAAAGGUUUCGAGUACCCCAAGAAAGUGGUAGAUAAAGUAUCUCUAUUUUUUUGGAGAAAAAUCAAAACUGCAGCCUAUACCUUCUAACCUUGUGAAUGAUAAAUUUUUAUCUGCACUAUUACCUUCACCAACAUUGGAGCACUUCAAGCCCAUCCUCUAGCUUUCGUCCUGUGCUUCAAAGUUCCUUUUCCACGCAACAGAGAAAUGGGCGAAGGAAUGCUCUAUGGCGUUGCUCAAAAAAUCAUUGAAGAAUUGGGCUCUUGGGCUUUCAAAGAGGUCGCAUCCCUUUGGGAUGUCGAAGCUGAACUUGGAAACAUCAAGGACACUGUUUCCACGAUUCAAGCUGUACUUUGGGAUGCAGCAGAGCAGCAGAGUCAUAACCAUCAAGUUAAGGACUGGCUCGAAAAGCUCAAGGACGCAGUUUAUGAAGCAGAUGACUUGUUGGGUGAGUUCUACACUGAAGCUUUACGACGAGGAGGUAUAACUGGGAAUAUUACAAAAAAGGUACGCGAUUUCUUUUCAACUGAUUCAAACCCAGUUGUUUUUCGUGUACAGAUGGGUCGUAAAAUUAAUGCGAUGAAGCAGAAACUAGAUGCAAUAGCGGAAGGUAGGAAAAUGUUUAACUUGACUGUAGAGCCACCUGUGAGUAUGGAUAGGGAAGAGACUCACUCAUUUGUGCCUGAUGAAAAAGUUAUUGGGAGAGAGGAUGAUAAAAAGGCCAUCAUUAAACUGUUGUUGGAGCCUAAUAAUGAAGAGAAUGUUUCAAUUGUUCCUAUAGUGGGGAUUGGUGGGUUAGGAAAAACCACACUUGCUCAAUUUGUAUAUAAUGACGAGAACAUCAAAGAACAUUUUGAGCCAAAAAUGUGGAUAUGUAUAUCUGAUGGCUUUGAUGUGAAAAUGAUCAUUCAGAAAAUAAUAUCGGCUACAGGUACGGAACCUGUAGACCAUAGCAUGGAUAAAUUACAAGAUAAGCUUCGUGAAAUAAUUAGUCAAAAGAAGUACUUACUUGUCUUGGAUGAUGUGUGGAAUAAGGAUCAUCUAGAAUGGGAACGUUUGAUGAACCUUUUAAUGGGUGGUGCUAAGGGAAGUAAAAUUGUAAUAACUACGCGUGAGAGAUUGGUAGCAGAGAUUGCAUGCCUAGGUCCAAUAUACACUCUUGUAGGUCUCAAUGAUGAUCUGUCUUGGUUGUUAUUCAAGCAAAUUGCAUUUAGAAAAGGGCAAGGGCAAGGGACCAAGAAUCCUAGACUAGAAGAAAUUGGAAGGGAAAUUGUGCACAAAUGUCGAGGGGUACCCCUUGCCAUAAAGUCUAUAGGAAAUGUAUUGCGCUUGGAAAAAGCUGAGCAUAAAUGGUCAUAUGUCAAUAAUAAUAUACUGGAAAUUGCAUCUCAACAAAAAAAUGACAUUUUUCCAAUUCUGAAGGUGAGUUAUGAUCAUCUUCCAUCACAUUUAAAAGUUUGUUUUGCCUUUUGUUCCUUGUUUCCUAAAGACUAUGAGAUCGAUAAGGUGACACUCAUACAACUAUGGAUAGCACAAGGUUUCAUCCGACCAUCAAACAAAAACAAAGAAUUAGAAGAAGUUGCAGAUGAGUGUUUCAUGGAUUUGCUUCGAAGGUCCUUCUUUGAAGAAGCAGUGGGAGGAUUAAAAUACAAGAUGCAUGAUUUAAUUCAUGAUCUUGCACAAUUUGUUGCAGGGGCAGAGUGCAGAAUAAUUACUUUGGAUGGAAACAAUUUUGAUGAAAAAACUCGUCAUGUGUCAAUUCCAUUUUAUAUUGGCACAUCUUUUAUUGAGACUUCAAGUUUGCUAGUUAGAGCAGAGAAGUUACGUACAUGUCUUCUAACAUUUGUACCUAGUUGCGGUUGUAGGGCGAGGGAAACAGACAUAUCAAUGAUGAAUAAACUUUUUUUGAGUUGCAAAAGAUUGCGUGCAUUGGGUUUACGAGGAGUGCAUAUUGAGAGAGUACCAGAUUCUAUUGAAAAGUUAAUACAUCUUACUUUCCUUGAUUUUUCUGAGAAUCGAGGUAUUGAAACUCUCCCUAAUGCUAUUUCUAGACUUUGGAAUUUGCAAACACUAAAAGUCAAUCAUUGUGUGAAUCUUAAAGAAUUACCUAGAGACAUUAGAUUUUUGGUUGGCCUCAGGCAUCUUGAGAAUUUAUUUUGUCACCGUUUGAGUCAUAUGCCUGUUGGAUUAGGGCAAAUGACAUGCCUUCAAACGUUAUCAUCAUUUGUUGUGAGAGACAACCAAGCUUCUACCUCUGGGCCUAUUAGUAGUGGGCUAGCCGAAUUGAAUUCGCUAAACUCCUUGAGAGGAGAACUACGAAUCUCAAAUUUGAGAUGUUUGGAAGAUGUUUAUUCUGAACCCAGUGCUGCCAAUUUAAGGGCAAAACAAUAUCUUGAAAGGUUGACAUUAAAUUGGCAUACAGGUGGUCGACUUAUUCAUUCUGAUGACGACAACGACAUCGAUGGUGAUGAGAAGUUAUUAGAAGGCCUCGAACCACACCAAAAUCUUAAAUCGUUGACUGUGGAAGGGUAUGGGGGUGUGAGAAUUUCAAGUUGGCUUUCUUUGCUCACGAAUCUGGUUUGGUUAAGUAUAUAUGAUUGUAAGAGAUGUCAACAGCUUCCACGAUUGUCUCAACUCCACUCUCUGGAACGUCUAUCGCUUGAUAAUAUGAAAGUUUUGGAGUACAUAUCAGAUGGUGAUAUAAAUGAGGAGGUUCCUACUUCAUCCUUCUUCCCAUCGCUGAAGUCAAUUUAUAUUUCCAACUGCCCUAAUCUGAAGGGAUGGUGGAGGAGCACAUCAACAACAGAUCACCAACAACAUCCGCAUCACCAGUCACUGCCUUCAUUCCUUCAUCUUUCUAAGUUAUGUAUUGUGGAUUGCCCUAAUCUAACUUCCCUGCCUCCAUUUCGGUAUCUUGAAGAAAGUCUAGAGUUGUGGGGAGUCAGUUUGAAAGCUUUACAACCGACAAUAGCGAUGACUUCUUCGCUUCCUUCUUCCUCCUCUUUCUUGUCCUCUCCUUUUUCCAAAUUAAAGUCUAUGACUUUAAGUUCUAUAGACGAUACGGAGGCUCUACCAGAUGAUUGGUUGUCAAACCUGAGUUCUCUCAAGCAACUAUACAUACGUGGAGGCCCUAAGCUGAAAUCUCUAUCUCUAGCCGUGCCCCAUCUCACCUCACUGGAGCGCUUGUCGAUUUUUGAUUGUGAGCUGUUUGAUUCGAUUAGUGACAUGGGUGAUGAUGGCACCGAAUGGCAGCAUCUUAAAUGCCUCAGUUCUUUGCAUUACGAUAGAGUUCCGAAUUUGACGUUUUUCCCAGAGUUCACCUCAGUUGUACGCCUUCGAAUUGUACACAGCCACAACCUAACAUCAAUUCCCAAUGGGAUUAGUAAUCUCACGUCCCUUGAAGAUCUUUUGAUUUACGAUUGUCCAAAUCUCAAAUCACUUCCUGAUGAGAUGGUUUCUCUCAAGUCUUUGCAAAAGCUAACAAUUGACGGAUGUCCUGACUUAGAGAAAAGAUGUGAAAAGGGCAUUGGGGAAGACUGGUUCAAAAUCGCUCACGUCCCUGUUAUCGAAAUACGGAAUCGGUGAUUUUAUAUGCUGAAAAAAUGUGAACCAGUCCAUUUUUCAGUCAGUUCCUCUUGGGCUACCUCAAGAACACUAGCCCUCUCAGCCUCGACCAUGCCACUUGCAACAUAACCUCUGAUUUAAUGGGAUUAAUCAUCAAGUGAGUGUGGAUCAUCUAAAAAAUUUGAAGAUUUUUGUGGAAAAUAUGGCGAAGGAUCUAUUCCUUGGAUACUUUGAGGAUUUCAGAAACUGAUCUAGCUCAGAAUAUAGGCAAGCUUGGAAUAUAAAAACUGCAAAGAGUUGGUUGUUUAUACAAAGCAAGUUGGUAUUGCAGUUAUCAAGCCACAACUGAAAAAUUAAGUGGUAUGGUGAUUUUCUCAGUUGUAGGAGUCCGUAUGCCAGAGCUUUGAAUACUUAAACAGACAAGAUAUCAGUAGUUUAUAUGUCUUCCAUCCAUACUGGUGAAAACGAAUAUGCAGCAACUAGAAAAAAGUAAAUUGGUAACAUGACAAAAGCCACCAAUAUUUUCUCUUAAAGCUAUGAAGUUGCUGCAUCAACACUCAACAGUCAGUGCAGGGCUUGUGGUUUUGUGUAGUAGAGUGGAAAAAAAAAAGAUGAUGCCAACAGGUUCUUUGACUUAUGUAUUACUGGCCCACCGGAGUUUUCCUUGGCUAUUAAUGGUCUUGCAAUUCCCUGACUUAGAAUUAAUGUGGAUUACCAAAGAAAGAAAGUGUAGCACUAAGACAGGGAGGAAACUUUUGAAGUUAGUUUGGAUGCACUAGCAACAAAGGGAAAUCAAAUUACAAAAUGAUGUAUGCAAUCUUUGUCCGACUGGGAAUGUCACCAACAGCAAUCCUCUACUGUUGAUUUUUCGGUAAAUCCACUAGGAUUAUGUCUUGGUACUUGAAUUAAUGAUGAGGAAGAUUUGGCCAGUGAGCUCUAACUCAGCGGGCACCUCUUCCCCCUAUGAGUGCUAGGUGGAGGGAUGGGUCUUGGGUUCAAGGCCCAUCAGGUAGGAUGAUUUUGUCAGAAAUUUGAUUCUAUAUGCUGGGAAGCAGGAGCCAGUUAGCCACAGGAGCAUUGAAUACUAGGUGGACGUGUUUGAGAGAUGGAAUGGAUGAGGAUUGUAGCUUGGUGUUAGCAAUUAGAGAGCUGCCUAGAUUCAGUGUUGCUCAAUUUCUGAAGACUGAUCGAUUGACUUUUCAAUGACUCCUUGUGAAGCAUCAGCUAUAUGUUCAUGAAUUUUCUUUUAAGGUGAAGUGAGGCCCAUUCUCAAUUCCAAUGUUCCAGGACAAAUGAAACCAAUAUCAUCUCUUAAAAAUGUGAAGUUGAUGCAUCAACCAUUUGAGUAGGGCUUGUGCUUUUGUGCAAUAGAGUGGCACUAAAAUGUAGAGUCCAAGAAUGCAAACAUCACAUGUUGGAGCAGAUGAUGCAACCAGUUGCUGUGACUUAAUUAUUACUAGCCCAGAGGAAUUUCAUUUGUUAUCAGGGUCUUGCAAUUCCCUCCCUGCUUUAUAAGAAAUGUGGAUUACCAAAGAGACAAAGUGUUACACGGGUUGAAUUAGUUCCAUUUAUACACGUUCAAUACCAAACCAAAUUUGGUGAUUGCUUAUUAAUAGGAUGAGAAGAUAUCAAUGGCAACAAAUAAAUAGGCUUUGCACUUGUAUAUAUAGCCAGUCAUGCUUAGUUCUUUAAAAUGUACAACUUUGGUCUUUUGCAGACUGGGUUUAGACUUCAGAGAAUUUGAAAAUUCUUGUUUGCUAGUUGUGGUGAGAGAGCGUUCUUUGGCUGUACUUGGGACUUGGGUUUUGUGUGUGUUUUUGUGUCACCUUUGUAUUCUCCUUAUUUUUUUAGUGAAACUUUCUCCGGCACUACCCGUGGAUGUAGGCCUAAGGCCGAACCACGUAAA